AUGGAUCCUCAGCGCUUUUAUGGUAAAAAACGUCCUGCAUUUUCCAUCCCAGAGAGUAGUGAAGAUGAGAAGGCAUCGGAUGAUGAAACUUAUAGAAACCCAGGUCCUGAGAUUUUCAUUCCAGAGAGCAGUGACGAUGAAAUCGCUUCAGAUGAUGAUCGUGGAAAUGUAGGUGAAUUUGAAGAAAUUUAUUUAGAUGACGACGCUCUUGAUAAUGAUUGCGACGAAUAUAUUCCUUAUGAAACGGAAGAAGAAGAUAUCUCAAGCAAGCCUUCUACGUCAAAACAGCGCACAGGAAAUAAGAGAAAGAAGGUUAAAUGUGUAUGGUCUGAUGAAAGUAUGGCGUAUGACGAGUCACAUAUUGCGUUUUUAGGAUGCCAAGAUCUCCCAAAUGAAAUUAUGAAACUCGAAGCGCCCAUGGAUUUCUUUAAAUUUUUAUUUCCUUCUUCAGCGAUUAAUUUAAUUGUAAGGGAGAGCAACUUAUAUGCUGAUCAAAUCACCGAAAGCAACCACAAUGAAGUCACGGAAGAAGACAUACGUAAAUUUUUAGGCAUAAUAAUUUAUAUGUCUGUGGUGCAUCUUCCAACAACACGUCAUUAUUGGAAGGAAGGUACAUACAUUGAAAAGGUGGCUUCAGCAAUGACUUGUAACAAGUUUGAAGAAGUAAAAAGGUUUUUACAUUUUUUUAACAAAAAUGAUGAGUUGGAGUCCGGUGAUCCAAAUUUUGACCGGUUACAAAAGAUACGCCCUUUCCUUAAUAUAUUGCGUGAAAGACUGUUACAAGUGCCUAAAGAAGAAUACUUGGCAAUUGAUGAACAAAUGAUUCCUACCAAAGCACGUACUUCUGGUAUGAGGCGUUAUAAUGCCAAAAAACCACACAAAUGGGGCUACCUCAAUUAUGUGCUAAGCGGAGCCAGUGGCUUUAGCUACGAUUUUGAGGUUGAUACUGGAAAACACCCUGAUCCGCCAGAGAACUGCCCUGACCUCGGAAUACCAGGAAACAUUGUCCAGCGUUUGUUAAACACUGUUCCUCAAAAUCUUAAUUAUAAAAUUUUUGUGGACAAUUGGUACACUAGUUUGCCUUUGAUGGCCAACUUGCAUAAAAAAGGACUCCUUCCUUUAGGAACAAUUCAGCUCAAUAGAGCACCCAAUAUAAAUAUAGAAAAAAAAAACUAUUAUGAAAGAAGAAAGAGGAUAUUGUGCGGAAAAAUCUACCAUUUAUGA